AUGAAGGCGGCACAGGGACCCAUUAACCUGCUCCGAGGGUGGCCGCACCCAAGUCUGCUCCCUACGGAUCCUAUACGUCAGGCUGCACAGGAUGUGCUCUCUGACCCGUCUACUGCGCUGCCAGCACUCUUAUAUGGGCCCGACGAAGGCGAUCGGCGAGCGCGAGAGGCCAUUGCAGCAUGGUUGACUGCGGUAACAACCUUUCGCCACCACCGACCGUCGCAACCGAUCAAUGCCGAGCGCAUAUGCAUUACGGGGGCUGCCUCGCAGAACCUCUCCGUCGCUCUCGGUGUGUACACGGAUCCGGAGUACACUCGCAACGUAUGGAUUGUGACACCCGCGUAUAUGCUCGUAUUCCGUAUCUUCGAGGAUGCGGGCUUUGGCGCGAAGAUGCGAGCGGUACCGGAGGAUGAAGAGGGAAUCGACAUGGAAUAUCUCCGAAAUGAGAUGGACAAGAGCGAGCGACAGGCGCAAGAUGAAGGCAACAGGGCGCCUCGAUUCAAGCCUGGGGGGCGGGAGAGAGCAAAGGUGUAUAAGCAUGUCAUAUACUGUGUGCCAUCGUUUUCCAAUCCAUCUUCGAGAACCAUGUCUCUGAGGCGGCGCUGCCAGCUGGUUCAGCUCGCGAGGGAGUUCGAUGCCUUGAUCAGCUGUGACGAUGUCUACGAUUUCUUGCAAUGGCCGAUCGAGGGCUCAUCAUGUAUUGCGUCAGGACGCGAGCAGCCGGACUCCUCGCUACAAACCGCGCACCUCGCUCGUGUAGUCGAUGUAGAUGCAGAGCUCGAUGGAGGUGCCAUGCGUGAUGGUGCAGAUGGUUUCGGUAAUGUGAUGAGCAACGGCACAUGGUCUAAACUCGCAGGUCCAGGUCUACGAUCUGGAUGGGCAGAAGGGUCUCCGAAGUUUGUCUAUGGACUCAGUCAGGCUGGAUGCCAACGAUCCGGUGGCAGUCCGUCACACAUGACUUCCACGUAUCUGGCACGCAUGCUACAGACGGGCGCCAUCCAGAAGCAUAUCAGCACCGUUCUAUGCCCAGCAUAUGCCCAACGAUACAGGAUUCUCACGAUGGCCGUAAAGCAGCAUCUCCAACCUCUGGGCUUCACCGCACCGCAGCCGAAUCGUGAGGUGGUAGGCGGAUAUUUUGUUUGGCUCGGACUACCAGGCGGACUAAAGGGAACAGAACUGGCAAUCAGACUUCAGCAGGACUACAACCUGAUCGUUGCGCCGGGCAAGAUCUUUGAGGUACCCGGCGAUGAGUCGGCAGUCCCUUGUGAUCAUAGUAUCCGACUCUGUUUUGCCUGGGAAGAUGAAGAGAAAUUGACGGAAGGUGUGCGCCGAAUUGCGAGCGCUGCGUCGAUGAUGCUCCAGGCGCGGCAACACGACAAUAGCGAGGAUUUCGUGGUGGUCGACAAAGACACAACUGCGCCUUGUCUGAGUGGGUAUUGA